AUGGACUCUCCACCCGACUCUACUACCCCUCCGCCUAUUUCGCAGGCUAUUUUACGUCUUUACAAACCUCAAAAAAAAAUCUUUGACGUUUCCAUGAGAAUUUCCAAGCUUUCGCCUUACCUGUCAUGUGAUACUCGUGGCAGUGGAACCCUGUACAAUACUAAGAAAGGACGAUAUUACCUUCUUCGGUUGUCUGAAAAAGCCGAUCUUCCUCUUACGGAAAUUAACAAAUACCUGAUUUACACCAAUGAUAUUGAAUUAUCAAAAAAUCAUCGUCACACAUUUCGAUCUACAUCUAAUAAACCAAAUUUAAAUUACAUUUUAGGAAUCUACCUCACGUUCGUUUUUUCUCUAAAUCGACAAUUUCACAAGGAUGCUGUGAACAAAUAUUUCAGCCGUUUACGCCAUUUACUAAAAGAAAAACUCCUUGCAUUACGCAAUCGACUAGAAUCGACCGAUAAUAAUGAAAGGAAAACUAAAACAUUUAUCCGGUUCAGCUGCGGCCAUCACGUGAUCUAUUUGGGUUUUUAUUUCCCUUGCGGCACAUUACAUUUCGAACCUGGUGAAUAUACGGGUUCACUAUGUUUCCACCCUCCCGCCUUCGUACAAUCAAAUAAUCGAUGGCGUUGUGGAACUCAUCUCAAACACAUCCGACAAGUUUCACACACUACAACUCGUCAUCCAGUAGAACCUAGAUUCUAUGCUGAACAGUUUGGACUUACGGUAAACCGGCAUAACAAGAAUAAAAGACAUCACAAAGCAAUUCACUCUAAUCGCCUCGGCAUUAGCUACAUCGUUCAAUUUAAACGAUAUCGCUCAGAUGAAUUAACUUUACCUAGCGUUCAUAAUAAAAUGGUUCGACCAUAUUACAAACAAUACCGCACGUUACGUUUUGAUGCGGUUCGUUCACCUCAACAGCAGGCACGAUGGAAUAGACUUACUAUGUCUACACUUAAACAAAAUCGCUCCAAUCGGACUAUCACACCUCAUUUACUUCCAAACUCCCCUGGACAAAUGGUUUUUAAAACCAUUCAUCAUCUCCCACACCGUUACAAAGGACCUUCACCUAUACAACGUUCUGACAUAUUCAAAAAUUCACCUAAUGGUCAUAUGCACUAUGCCCUACUACGCACACGCCAAAGGAUCAAGAAUUGGAUCCGUCGUACUAAAAAACGUAACCGUCUCAAGAAACAAUUACCUCCUUUACCUGCCGGUUUCAUUGGAGACCAGCGAACAUAUUAUUACGAUACGUAUAAUAUCAACUUGUUCGACUACAAUAUUAGACGACGCUAUAAUGUCAGUUCGAUCCCUCAAUAUGAUUAUGGUUAUUCCAAAGCGGUUGAGUUAUACCGUCAACAUCAUGACAAAUACGUCACGAUGAAUUCUAUACAACCACCUCCUAACGUUUCUUACCACAUCAAAAAGACUGAUCAACAUAUUUUUAAUGAUCCGAACCUCUUUUUCCGGCGUACACCUCCUCCGGAUAAUGACUCGCACACAACCAUGAGCGACAUUACUUACUUUUCGGCUAGCGAAGGACCUUCCGUCGUGGAAUUUCCACCUACGCCAUCAUAUGAUUAA